AUGGAUGCGACCGAGGACCGGGAGGUCAAGCUUCAACGUGCCUCUGGGGACCUUGUUAAAGAGUUCUCCGCCAAAUUACCCUCCUUAUUAUGGAAAGCCGGAGCCGAGAAGAAGAGCCAUCGAGUGCCGCGCCGCUGGACGCCCGCGGCGAAAACAGAGAGACUGGUUGCCUUGCUGGAGCCUUUUCAGGAGUGGCCGCAAUUACUGGAUCCCCACCUGCAAACGCUCCUCCCUCCCCUGGUGGAUGCAUUUCUGGCAUACCUGCUCAGGUACCGCGACCAAUAUGCUUGUAGGAGUUCUCUUCCUGUGCAGCAGCAGCAAUGCGCAUAUCCGCUGCCCCGCGCGGUGUGCCGACUGCUCUACACCUUUUGCAAAGUCCGUGGGGUCAAGGUCAUCAGCCGCUUCUUCAACAACGAGCCAAAGUACCUGGAUGCUCUUCUGCGGGCGUUCAUCCAGUGGGACGAUGCCGCGAGUGAUCCCGAUACCGCACCCUGGGAUAUCCCGCUCCGCCUGGUGUGGGAAGAGCGGUACGUGAUGCUGAUCUGGCUGUCGCAUUUGCUGCUGGCGCCGUUUGAUCUGGCCUAUCUGUCGUCCGACGAUAUCCCGGUGCCCCACGACAACCUUGGCCAAAUUGGCGGCGCAUUGUCGGAGCAAACCCCAAUGCUGGCGAAAUCGCUCCUGUCGGUGGCGCUGGCAUAUGUCGACGUCCCGGGAAAGGAGCGCGAAGCUGCUACGGUUCUGCUGGCACGGCUGGUUCUGCGGCGGGAUAUGCAGGCGCUGGGACUGCUGGACUGCCUGGUGCGGUGGACCUUUGCAGUGCUUCAGCCUGCUGCUACGAGUACGCCAUCUACGUCUGUCUAUACGUGCAUCGGAGUGUUGUCGUUUCUGGCGCGCCUGGCGGCGUCGGGCCAGGUGGAGGAUUUCGCCCCGCUGAUCACGCCGGUCUUCCAGCAGACACUGCGGAUCGUGCAAGGGAACUCGGAGGUUUCUCAGGUCAUUCAAUCGUCUGCGUCGGCUCGCAAAAUUGUCAUCAAGAUCCUUCGUGCGCUGACGGUGAUGGCGCUGGCGCUUGGCGAGAGGGCUAGUAGCGUACUCAGCGAUGAGCAGGUCGCUGCCAUUUUGGAGGACUCGAUUGAUCACUUCCUUGUCUCUCUGGCCGAUAAAGAUACCCCCGUGCGGUUUGCGGCAAGCAAGGCGCUGAGCAUCAUUACCCUCAAGCUGGAUCCGGACAUGGCGUCCGAGGUCAUCGAGGCGGUCACCGGCUCCUUGGAAGAGAAUAUUUUGUACCAAAACUCGGAUGGGAUCCUAGUGACGCCCUUGGAGGCACGUCGCUCUGGGACGAGCACCCUCAAACGCAACCUGAGCGCCGUCGAUGCCCAAAGGUGGCAGGGCUUGAUUCUCACCUUGGGUCACCUACUCUUCCGCCGUGCUCCCCCCACCCAGCAGCUCCCGGAUGUGCUUCAGCCACUGGUCUCUGGACUGGACUUUGAGCAGAGAUCUUCGACUGGAAGCUCGGUGGGGACUGGCGUCCGCGAUGCGGCAUGUUUCGGCAUCUGGGCUCUGUCUCGGAAGUACACCACCCAAGAACUACUCGAUCUGAAGACACAGGCAAUCGGCUACCCCAGUGCUCAAGGAGAGCAGAGUACACUGCAGAUGCUGGCGAUCGAGUUGAUUUGCGCGGCUUGCGUGGACCCGUCGGGCAAUAUCCGCAGGGGAGCGUCGGCUGCCUUGCAGGAGCUGAUUGGGCGUCAUCCGAACACGAUCGCAGAAGGUAUCUCGCUGGUGCAGGUUGUGGACUACCAUGCGGUUGCAAGGCGCUCCAGGGCGAUGAUUGAGAUUGCGGGGGCUACUGCCGCGCUGAGCAGCCACUACUGGAGUCCCUUAGUGGAGGCGCUGAUGCAUUGGCGUGGGAUUGGCUCGCCGGAUGCCGAGUCAAGAAGGCAAGCGGCGCGGGCGAUCGGGGGCCUGAGUGCUCAGGGCUCUUAUCAGACGAUGCAGCAGGUGCUGGGCCGCUUGAUCGCGCGACUACACGGACUUCCUCAUGGUGAUGUCGAGACAAGACAUGGUUGUUUCCUGGCCAUCGCUGCCACGAUUGAUGCAUUCAACAACCAGAGGGGGAGAGUGGAGGUGAAAGAUGUGUCUGCUGCGGAGGCUGUUGCUAGUCAAUUGGAUCAGGUCUGGGGGAUUUUCGAUUCGUCUGUCGGGCCGACAAAGGAUGACUUGACACUGCAGAGCUUCCGCCCUGAACUGAGUGCCGAAGCGUCGUCGUGUCUGAUUCACUCGCUCUCUCAGUCGGUGGUGUUGGAGGCUACGUCACGGCCUUCCCGCCCGUCUUCGGCCGUGUUGGACAAGGUCCGUGAGGUGCUUCUCGUAUGUAUAUCACGCAGUGAUGACACCUCAAUCGAUACUUCGUCCCGCGCAGUAUCGGAGUUGUUCCGCCUGUUGUCGGCAGAGCAGCAGCAGGAGAUUCUGCAGGGGUGGUUCUCGCAUAUCAACACGACCUGGAAUUUGCCCACCGGCCGCGGUCAGAUUACAGCGUUGGGUGCGAUUUUCAGACGGUUGCAGCCGGAUAGUCCACUGCGUGAAAUAGUGGCUGAAAACCUGAUCCGGUGUGCCGAGAAGGAAGAAUUGAUUGAGAAGCGAGUCUCUGCUGUGAAGAGUCUGACAAGCGGCGUCUUGCCGCAUAUCGAAAUCACAGAUAGCCUGGUGAACCACCUGGUAGGACUUUUGAAUGACUACACUACGGACCGCCGUGGUGAUGUGGGCUCGCUGGUUCGCCUCGAGGCGAUCCAAGCGGCGCGGAUUGUUCUGGGUGGGCAGAAGCACGACCAGCAGCCUCGUCUGAGAGAUAUGAUCGGCUGCUUGUGCCGACUCGCGGCCGAGAAACUCGACAAAGUGCGCAUUUCAGCCUGGCUGUGUCUCCAAAGUCACUGGGAGACCGCGCCUGACUUUCCUCCGCUCUUGAACAAAUAUGACCAUUUCAGCCAUGUCUCCACGGAGGAGUACUUCUCCCAAUUGCUCCUCCUGCAGGAUAUCCCAUGGCUCCGUACCCCCUUGUUGCAGGGCCUUGCUACUUCUGCUGUAGCGGGAAGUGAAGGGUUGGUGCGGGCCACUCGAGCAGCUCUGGUAAGGAGUGUUUAUUUGCAGCAGGAGCAGCAGCAGCAGCAGAAACACAUUCUCGCCAUCAUCGUCGACCUGAGCGGUAUCCUCUCUGCGAACAUCCAGGACGACCGAUACGCGAUCCCUGUACUAGAGUUCCUGGCGUUUCUACUCGAUGGGUUCCACAUCCGGACUACCGAGGAUAAUGAGGAGGUUCUUGCAAGAUUGUUUGUGCUGGUCCAGAAAGCGCACUUCAAAACCACCAACAUGGCCCGCUUGGAAGCCGCAGUCAAAGUGUAUGCGCCGUUGUCGCGGACUUCUGGAGCGGGUGAUUCUGUCGGGCAGUUGAGACGCGAGGUGCUGAAGAAGAUGACGGGGUUGCUGUUGCAUCCGUUUCCUAGGAUCCGCUCCGCUGUGGCUGAAUACCUGUACAUGGAGACCGGGGCGGAGGUGGUCAAGGUAGAGGACUGGACGAGGACGAAUCGCGAGUUGAAGGCUUUGGGGUUGGUGGAGGUCGUGAGGGAGGUGGUUUUGUGA